AUGAAUACUGAAGAGGAGAUUUUCUUUCCGACAUUGAAGGUGGGGGAUACAAUGGAUUUCGCAACACGGAUGAAAAUUCCAUCGCAGCCAGGAGACCUCACAGUGCCCGAAUACCACCAGGAUAUGAAAGACUUCCUACUCCAAUCCAUGGGGAUUUCGCAUACAGUGGAUAUCAAAGUGGGAAAUGAGUAUGUCCGAGGUGUAUCGGGUGGUGAACGGAAGCGUGUCUCGAUCAUCGAAUGCUUAGCCACCCGUGGCUCCAUUUUCUGCUGGGACAACAGUACUCGAGGCCUUGACGCAAGCUCCGCACUUGAAUGUGCAAAGGCCCUGCGCUGUAUGACAGACACAUAUGGCCUGGCUACUAUUGUCACUCUCUACCAAGCCGGCAACGGAAUUUACGACCUCUUCGACAAAGUUUUGGUUCUGGAUGAAGGACAACGGAUAUUCUACGGCCCCAUGAAAGAUACUCGACGCUUUUUCGAGCACCAAGGCUUUGUUUGCCGCGACGGAGCCAAUGUGGCUGAUUACAUUACCGGAGUCACUGUACCAACCGAGCGGGAGAUUGAAUCUGGAUUCGAAUUCUCUUUUCCUCGCACUGCAAUCGACAUCCGUUCUCGCUAUGAGAGCUCAGAAACCUACAAAAACAUGAUUCAAGAGCAAGGUUAUCCCACGACGUCCCGGGCCCGUGACUGCACGUCAACCUUCCAAGAAGCGAUUGCAGUCGAUCAACACAAAUCUCUUCGAGAUAGUGUCUUUACAGUCAGUCUUUAUCAACAAGUCAUGACCUGUAUCAUCCGUCAAUACCAAAUUAUCAUGAACGACAGAGCAACUUUCUUGAUCAAACAAAUCUCAGCUCUGGUCCAGGCCCUUGUUGCUGGCUCCUUAUUUUACAAAGCCGCGCCAGAUACAACGAGUCUCUUCAUUAAAUCUGGAUCUUUGUUCUUUGCCAUUCUUUAUAACGGUAUCCUCAGCCCUUUGUCGGAAGUUACGGACUCCUUUACAGGCCGUCCUGUCCUGAUCAAGCAUAAACACUUCGCCUUUUUCCAUCCUGCUGCCUUCUGCUUCGCGCAGCUUGUCAUCGAUGUUCCAAUAAUUCUCUUCCAAAUCAGCCAUUUCUCACUUGUGCUCUAUUUUAUGACGGGACUUACGAUGUCUGCUGUGUCUUUUUUUACCUACUGGGUUAUUCUUUUUGCUGGAACGAUGUGUUUAACUUCGAUGUUCCGUGCUGUAGGGGCUUGUUUCCGAUCGUUUGAAGGAGCGUCAAAGGUCUCUGGCUUUCUUGUUACAGCACUAGUCGUCUAUGCUGGCUAUAUGAUCGAGAAGCCCCAGAUGCAUCCUUGGCUAGGGUGGAUAUUCUGGAUCAAUCCUGUCGCCUACGGUUUCGAAGCACUUUUGGCAACUGAGUUCCAGGGCAAGCAGAUCGACUGUGCGGGCACAAAUCUCAUUCCUAGCGGUUCUGGUUACGACAACCUAUCAUACCAAGCCUGCUCAGGAGUUCCCGGUGCGACACAGGGUAUGACCUCCCUGACGGGUGACCAAUACCUUAACGCCCUGAGCUAUUCGGAAUCGCAUAUCUGGAGAAAUUUCGGUAUUCUCUGGGCGUGGUGGGUCCUUUUCGCUGCUAUAACCAUCACAUUCACUACCAUGUGGUCCGACAGUUCCGCAUCGGGCGCUUCGGUAUUGAUUCCAUAUGAAAAGCGCAAACGCAGCCCUGAUACCACAGAUGAGGAGUCACAAUCCGUUCAGAACCAAGGAACAAUGGUUCAUGGUGCAGAGAAAGGGGACGUUACUGUGAACUUGGCUCAAAAUACCUCGAUCUUCACAUGGAAGGACCUGACAUAUACAGUACCAACACCGUCGGGGGAACGGGUUCUCCUUGACAAAGUCUAUGGAUGGGUCCAACCAGGUUCUUUGACUGCUUUGAUGGGAUCUAGUGGAGCUGAAAAAACAACCUUGUUGGACGUUCUGGCUCAGCGCAAAACGGAGGGCACAAUCCAUGGUGCUAUUCAAGUUGAUGGUCGCCCUCUCCCGAUAUCUUUCCAACGCUCUACUGGCUACUGUGAGCAGUUGGACGUCCAUGAAUCAUUUGCGACAGUCAGAGAAGCUCUUGAAUUUUCUGCAUUGUUACGACAGCCACAACAGGUGCUGACAGAAGACAAAAUAGCAUAUGUUAAUACUAUCAUCGAUCUUCUUGAGCUUCAUGACAUUGCCGACACAUUGAUUGGUAAAGUUGGCUCUGGUCUCAGUAUCGAGCAGCGAAAGCGUGUUACAAUUGGAGUCGAACUUGUGUCCAAACCGAAGAUUCUCAUCUUCCUUGAUGAGCCCACAUCUGGUCUGGACGGCCAAUCUGCUUUCAAUACAGUUCGCUUUCUCCGGAAGCUAGCCGACUGCGGCCAAGCAGUUCUUGUUACCAUUCAUCAACCUUCCGCCCAGUUGUUCUCACAAUUUGACAAUCUACUUCUCCUGGCACGGGGCGGUAAGAUGGUGUACCUCGGUGAGAUCGGAGAGGAUGGUGCUCGGGUCAAAGAGUACUUCGGAAAUCUAGGAGGGCCAUGCGCCCCUGGAACAAAUCCAGCAGAAUUUAUGAUCGACGUGGUUUCCGGCAAUGUUCUUACUGGAGUGAAUUGGCAUCAGGCUUGGCUGGACUCCGCCCAACACUCCUAUAUGUUCGAAAAGCUCGAGUCUAUCAUUGAGGAGGCAGCUGCGAAACCCCCUGGCUUUGAUGACGAUAGCAACGAAUUUGCCACCUCGCUUUGGAUGCAAACGAGGCUUGUUACUCACCGAAUGAAUGUCGCUUUGUUCAGAAAUACGGACUAUGUCAACAAUAAGCUUGUUCUGCAUAUUAUUCUUGGACUUUUCAACGGCUUUUCCUUCUGGAAGAUCGGCAGCUCUGUGAACGACCUCCAACUCCGUCUCUUUGCCAUUUGGAAUGUGAUCUUUAUCUCACCCGGUGUUAUCGCCCAGCUACAGCCUCUCUUCAUCGAGCGCCGGGAGAUUUAUGAUGCACGUGAGAAGAAGAGUCGGAUGUACUCAUGGAAGGCAUUCGUGAACGGGCUGAUCGUGUCUGAAUUCCCCUACCUCUGCAUCUGCGCUGUGCUCUAUUUUGUCUGCUUUUACUGGACGGUCGGGUUCCCAACGAAAUCAAGUCGGGCUGGUGCUUCUUUAUUUGUCAUCUGGCUAUAUGAGUUCAUAUAUACAGGACUGGGCCAGGCAAUUGCUGCAUAUGCUCCCAAUCCGACCUUCGCUGCCUUAGCCAAACCCUUGAUUCUCGGCACAAUUGUGGCCUGCUGUGAUAUUCUAGUACCAUAUCCCCAGAUCACUGUUUUCUGGAGAUACUGGCUCUAUUACCUUAACCCAUUCACAUAUGUCAGUGGCUCGCUUUUGGGAUUCAGCAUCUUCGGGGUAGAUGUCAAUUGUGGGAAGAAGGAAUUCGCAGUUUUCAAUCCUCCCAGCGGCCAGAGCUGUAAAGAAUACCUUUUCGAUUACCUCCAAACCGGUGACGGCUCGCGUGCGAAUCUGAUAAAUCCUAACGCGACGGAGAAUUGCCACGUUUGUGAAUAUCGCACCGGAGAUGAUUAUCUGUACACGCUGAACAUCAAACACUACUAUUACGCUUGGCGAGACGUUGGAAUUGUGGUUAUAUUCAUUCUCAGUGGAUAUUCCAUGGUAUACUUGAUGAUGAAGGCCCGGACUAAGGCCUCGAAGAAAGCUGAGUAG